AUGACAGUCCCACUGGACCUCCUCCUCCGCCUCCCUCCCGCCCUCCGAAGCCACGCGUUUACAGCAUCCCUCCCUCGCUCCUCGACAACACAACAACUCUCCCCCCUCCGCCGUUCCUUCCACCAAGCCACCCGCCUCCUCCGCUCAAAUGCCCGCCGCACCCAAACCCCUCCAACCCGCCGUCCACCACCCACAACCUCCCGCACCACCAACACCCCCUCCAAACCUCCCCCCCGACCCCCCGUUCCCAUCGAACUCCUCACCCACCUUCGCACCCGCCCCUCCCUCCUCCUCUACCGCGCCCCCUCCCACACCUCCCUCCAAAUAACCACCACCGUCCUGGGUCUCCUGUUCAUCUACCCCACCUUCGAGUACUGCCGCCUCUCCGCCUCCCGCGCGAAAGACGUCGAGCACCGCCUCCCGUGGACGAUCCGCGGACUCGUGCUCGUCUGCGGCAUGCUCUUCGCGGCGGUAGCGGGACGGUGUCUGAGUAUGCCGAGGAAGAUGGUGCGGACGAUUGAGCUCGUGGCCAGGGAGGCGGAAGGCGCCGCGCAGGUGCGCGCGCAUCCAGAGUUGAGCGUGAGGUUUCACAUGAGGCACCCGGUGCCGUUUCUGAGACGGGAGGGGUUAGUGUUGGAGACGCCGUUGAAGGGCGCGAGGAUGGAUGGUGAUGUGGCGAGUCAUGAGGAGGUGCAAUAUCUCAAUGUGCCUUUGGCGCAGGCGGUGCAGUCCACGGAGCAGUGGGAGGCGGAGUCAGGGCGGGAUAUGAAGGUGAAGAAGGGUGCGUGGGGGACGAUCAGGCAGGAUAUGGGGAGGAUCUUUUGGAACGAGGGGUUCGCGCAUGUGACGAUACCGGAGAAGGAUGGGGCUGGAGAGGGGGUGUGGAAGCUGGAUCUAAACGGGUGUGCGGUGUUGGCGCAUGGAAUGGUGCUAAGGGAUGUCAUGGAGGUGGAUGUCUUGAAGAUUGGAUUGGUGGCUGGGUUGAAGAGGUGGUUGAGAGGGAAGUUUGGUGGAGUGGCAGCGGGGAGGUAG